AUGAACCCGUUGGAAAUAAAAGCAGAAUGUAACAUCUACCUUCCCUCACCCUCACCCCCCCCCUCACUCACCCUCCUCCCCCUCACCCCUCCUCCCCCUCACUCACCCCCCCCCGUCUCCUGUAACCGUAAAGCAUCAGGUGUCCUAUCCCAGUGUAACAUCUACCUUCCCUCACCCUCCUCCCCCCCUCACUCACCCUCACCCUCACCCCUCCUCCCCCCUCACCCCUCCUCACCCUCACCCCUCCUCCCCCUCACUCACCCUCACCCCUCCUCCCCCUCACCCCUCCUCCCCCUCACUCACCCUCACCCCUCCCCCCCCCUCACCCCUCCUCCCCCUCUCACCCCUCCUCCCCCUCACUCACCCCUCCUCACCCUCACCCCUCCUCCCCCCCACCCCCUCCUCCCCCUCACUCACCCUCACCCCUCCUCCCCCUCACUCACCCUCACCCCUCCUCCCCCUCACUCACCCUCACCCCUCCUCCCCCUCACCCCAUCCUCCCCCUCACUCACCCUCACCCUCCUCCCCCUCACUCCCCUCACCCCUCACCCUCCUCCCUCACUCACCCUCACCCCUCCUCCCCCUCACCCCUCCUCCCCCUCACUCACCCUCACCCCCUCCUCCCCCUCACUCACCCUCACCCCUCCUCACCCUCACUCACCCUCACCCCUCCUCCCCCUCACUCACCCUCACCCCUCCUCCCCCUCACCCCUCCUCCCCCUCACUCACCCUCACCCCUCCUCCCCCUCACUCACCCUCACUCCCCCUCACCCCUCCUCCCCUCACUCACCCUCACCCCUCCUCCCCCUCACUCACCCUCACCCCUCCUCCCCCUCACUCCCCCUCACCCCUCCUCCCCCUCACUCACCCUCACCCCUCCUCCCCCUCACUCACCCUCACCCCUCCUCCUGUAUAACCGUGAAGGACGUGAGGAAAGGUGUGGAGCUGUCGUCGUGUGAUGGUCCGGGGUCAGGCCGGGGUCAGGCCGGGGUCAGGCCGGGGUCAGGCCGGGGUCAGGCCGGGGUCAGGCCGGGGUCAGGCCGGAGUCAGGCCGGAGUCAGGCCGGGGCUGGGCACUUAUCUCUGA